AUGAUCACCUAUUUGAAACGCCGUUUUUCCUCCGGAGAUUUACAAGGCGAGGCUGCUGAUAAACGGGAACAGGAGGGUCUCCCAAGUUUCCUCCGAUUUGGUAGUACGACAACGACAACAGCAGGAGUAAGUCAAGUACAGCAACAACAAUUACAACAACAGCAACCACCGCAGCAACCAAAUCAAACCUUUCAAACCAGUGCAUUGCAACAACAGUAUCCCUAUUGUCCACAAGAUUCCACGUCCACAGGAAUGUCACAAGGCUAUGUUGCCCAAACGGCAGGAGCCGUGGUGCCUGGGACAGGCGGAGCAACUGCUGAUGGCCCCAGUCGAAUGCCAAUGAGAGGAAGAGGAGCUUACCCUAGUGCCCCUUCAUCACCAACACGUAGCUAUGGAAGCGCGGCAGCGGGCACUGGGAGUGGAAUGGGUUCAUUUAUGGGUCCGAUGGGCAGCAUCACCGGGCAGAUUUCAAGCACAAUCAUGCGCGGAUUCAGUACUGCGGCAUCCACAGCACAGAGUAUGGCUACAGGUAAAUCCACCAAGGACAGACAAAAGGUACUCUUAGUGAUUGAUGACUCCCAAACUGAUUGGAGCAAAUACUUCAAGGGUAGGAAAAUCCUCGGUGAUUGGGAAAUUCGAGUAGAACAGCCAGAUUUCGUUCUUCUCCGUCAACAUGCGAGCGGAGUCAAUGAGGAUUGGCAGCCCAUUCUUACGGGCUUGAUGUACUCAGGCACUCCCUGUAUGAAUACUUUGCAUGCAGUCUACAAUAUGAAGAAUAGACCGUGGCUGUUUGCUCAUCUCUUACUGUUGCGCAAUCGUUUGGGCAAAGAAACUUUCCCACUCAUCAAUCAGGUGUAUUACACAAGCCACAAAGAAAUGAUCACAGCCCCUGCGUUUCCCACAAUCAUCAAAGUCGGCUUGGGACACGGAGGUGAAGGAAAAAUUCGAGCAGACAAUCCAAUAGCCUAUCAGGACAUUACAAGUUUACUGGUGUCGAAUAACCUUUACGCCACUUCCGAGCCAUUUGUUGAUGCAAAGUGUGACAUACACGUGCAAAAGAUUGGACCGCAUUACAAAGCAUUUGCGUUCAAACAAUGGAUCGAUGAAAUAUCUCACAUGUUUGGUGGUUUGGACAUCUGUUCAGUGGAAGUCUUGCAAAACAAAGCUGGAGAAUACUUUAUUUAUGAUGCUAAUGGAUCGGACAUGUGCUUAUUCGGGGACAGCCAAGAAGACGACCGACGUGAAAUCGCGGAGCUGGUGGUACAACGAAUGCAGACUGUAUGCCAGCAGAGCGCACUGUAA